AUGGAGACGGUUCCUGUUCUGCUGUACAGCCUGUACCGCAUCACGCUGGUGGACGAGUAUGAGUUUGAUGCCAUGCUGGAUGUGGAUGCGGUGAUGGCCUGCCUGCUGUGUGGGGCGUUCCUGGCCCUGUCUGCUGUUCUCUGGUCUACGACAGCGCUGGCCAACGCGGUGAUGCAACAAGCCGCUAUCAUCCUGCAAAUAGAGGAAUCCAUGCCCUGUCUGAGACGUUGCUAUGACAACGAGUACAUCCACCAGCGCUGCGCCCCGCUCGGUGAAUUCUACGACGAUGACGUCACCACUAACCCAGAACAACACGCAGAGAUGAAGAAGCUCACGGAACAGAUCAAGGAUACUUUAGAUAAAUAUUUGAGCAUCCAGAAGGAGACCCUCUCACCCCAGCUAGCCUGCGCAGGUGCCAGAGAAGAUACCACAAGGAGAAGCGCUGCGCUUCCAGAGAAAGAAGAACAUCUCAAGACUCUUCACAGACUUCAGAAGGACCAGCAGAAGCAGAGUCAGGACCUCAGUGAGCUGAAGGCCGAAGUGAAGGAACUCCACAGUUUGCUUCUCAAACUAAUACAGCCCAAGAUAUCUGCUGAUGAUGACAAGAAACCCUCAAAUCAACCUAGCUUACAGUAAAAAACUCUGAAACUAACAAACGGAGUGCAGAAAUCUAUAUUUAGUUCACAAAGACUUCGUAAUUUUGCAACCUGCAGUUGUUAUGCAUUGUACCCGAGUUACUGUAACACUAUCUGCAUAUUUGCACCUAUAUUAGAGUGGCUUUAUUUGAAUGAUUUUAAUGAUAAAAUGUGAAACAAGA